UUCUACUCCAAAGCAUUAAUCUCAGCAGUAACAGUUUACUACACCCGACGUAGUAGUCGACUGUUUACGUUAUUCAUCUAUUUCUGUUACAAGAGUUAACGCCGUUUGAAACUUAAUUCAGUCAUGAAUUUCGUUGGUAAAGUAAAGCGCUUCCAAUGGAAAUCUCGAAAAUCUUUGACCCUGGUUGCCAUUUUACUCCUGGCAAUCAUUUUCCUCCGAAUCAAAUACUAUCGAUAUUCAACCGAGAUCAAACUCGCCAAAGGAAAAGCAGAAACUGUUUGGGAAUAUGUCGCAGACUUUAGCAACUUAAAACAAUUAAAUCCAUCAAUAGUUGAUUUUUUGAUACUAAACGACUCGGGAAACUUCGAAACCUGGCACUAUACCGUGCAAUAUAAAGAAGUGUCCUCGAAUUGGCCGUAUUUAACAAGUGCAACAUUAGCUCACUACGAAGUGAAACAUGUAAACAAAUUAGUCCAGGCUUACUACAUCAAUUCGAAUCACACGAGCUGCAUGGCAUUCGGAUGCAUCUGUUUGACUACAUACAGCAGUUAUGACUUCACACAACAAGGCAACGGGGUUGAUGUCUUCGAAUUGGUGAAUUAUCAAUGUCCAGUUAUAUUUUCCGGCUUGUGCCGUAAGAAUAUUGAGCAUCAGAGGGAGCUAAUAGCCCGAAAUUUAAUCAAACACUUUUCGUAGAAAAUGUAUGAAAUAGAAUUUAUCAAAAAUGUCAAAUACAAAAUAUUAAAAUAAAAAAUUGAUUUCCGACGAA